AGACUUGAACUGUGUUGCGGCCGGCGAAUUGGACAUUUGUGCUUUGGAGAAUUUCGACAACCGAACAUCUGCGAGCUCCUUUCCUCGCCAUCUAAACAACCGAACCUCUCAGAAACACAAUAA